CUGCGGCGGGGGCGCGCUCCGGGAGAGCUGCGGGCGGGCGGCCGGGGGCCGCCUCCCACCCGGAUGCGCCCGGGAGGAGGAGGAGGAGGAGGAGGAGGAGGAGCCGCGAUGACCUGACGCCGCGCCAUGGAGCGGACGCCGCGCUUGGCCGCGGCGCUGCCCGCCCUGCUGCCGCUGCUGCUCGCCGUGCCGGCGCUGCGGGGCUCGCCCGCCGCAGAUGAGAUAUCCGUGGAGCAGCAAAAUUUUUCCUUUUUCUCAAUGGACUCAAAGGUGCACCAAAGUGUAUCAGGCAGCAGGACACAAAUGGCCUUAGCAAAAAGUACUUUGGAGGCCCAAGAAAGUAAUUUCCUUCAAACAGUUUUAUCAUCGGUUACCACUCCCCUUGAUGUGACUUCAUUUAACCAAGAAGAAAUGAUCAGGAUUUCAGAAUGGAGAAGUAUGCCAUUGGUAGAUGUCUCCGUAACAAGCAAUGAGGCAUUCUUAAGUGACGAUGAAUUUAUUAGCUCGUUUCCAAAGGCACAGUGGACUCCUCCACUGAAGUCUUCUGCAGUUUUACCAGAUCAUCAGUCUAAUACAGUAGAGCCACCAAGAGAAGCAUUAGAAACUCUGUUGCUAACACCUUCAUUAUCUAUCUUUUUUAUACCAUAUGAAAUCUUGAAAACAGCACAGCAAAAGACUCCGCUAAGUGCUGCCCCUAGUCAUAGUAACACAUUCACAGAAUUGAAGCCUUUUGUACCAGAUAGUGAAAUUCUAAGUUCAAGCAGAGACUUGCUGUUGCACCCUCCAAAUACAGAUGUUUAUUUCACUCCCAUUCCUUUAGAGGAGGUGGGUGAGAGGUGGGGAAACAUAAACAGAAGUUUAACAUCUCUGUUUUCUGAGGCAACUUUACAAGAGCCACCUGUUCAUCUCCAGCUGCUGGAUAGAGAUAGCCAUGUUGCAGCAGAUGCCACAGCACAAAGUAUGGAUCCAAAUGGUGACAAUUACACUGAAGUGAGUAGCUGGCUAACAGAAGUGCUUGCUGCAAGGACCUACCCUGCUCCAAGCAGUCCCUGGGCCACACCUGCUGCUGCAGCAGCCAGUGCUGAGCCUGAUUUGUUUGCAAUCAGUCUUCCACUUGCACCUCUCCCUGGUCGCUCAGCUGUUGUUUCUGCUGACGCUGGUACGGUUCUUAAUGCCAGCUUGUUUACACACCACUUCUCCAGUACAGCACCAAAUUUGCCUGCUGGUUCAGAAAUACCAAGUCAACCUGAGCUUGCUAGUGAGCUCAUAAGCCCAGUGCCUUUCACGAGAUCGUACAGUUCUUGUUUGUACUGUGACUCGGUUUCACUUCUGCCAGAGGCAGGCUUCGCUCCAGAACACGAUGUGGGCUCAGGUGAUUACAUCGAAACCAUGUCUGUCCACGCCUCUGAAGUACAAGGAAUAACUCCAUUUACAACUAUAGUUACUGAUCAGUAUGAGUUCGAUGAGCCUACACCUGAGAUUUUUGAUACUUCUUUUCCAUCAAGACCAGUUGUUUCAUUUUCUUCAAGAUUUGCAGAGGUCCCUGAUUCGAGCGUGUUUUUAUCAAGUACUGUGGGCGCUGCCAUUGACAACAGAAUACCUACGAGUUCUCCUUCCUACCAUCAUCUCCCUGGAGAGAUGUCACUGGACAUCUCUGCUGCCCAGUUUUCCCUCUCUGCUAUGGAAACUGUUUCGCCGCCACCAAGCACUGGUGCAGAACACCCUGCUGCCACCACUGUUCUGUCUGAAACUGCGGUCACCCCCAGUGAGCCGGUAGCGUCUUCUGCAGUCAGUCACACAACUUUUCUGGAGUCACCAGAACUUAGGCCAUCAGAAUCAGGAUUUUUGCUUGACGAGACAUCUACAAGGGAAGAACCAUCUUUAACAGUUUCAGAUUUUUCGUCCAAUCUUUUAUCAGCACCAUUUCUGGUUGAACCUAGCUACUCAUUGUUGUCAUCAGCCAUGCUACACUCUUACUCUGUCGUGCAGAGUGAUUUAUCAACGCUCUUACCUCAGACCUUGUUGACUGGGACAUCAGUACUUUAUGGGGAUGUUUCCAGCUGGGACUUAGCUACUGCUGUCAGCUCUACCAGUGACAUUGAGGUUUCUCUGUUCUCUCUCGGACAAGCACCAUACUUCUACUCAAAUGCAUCCUCUACUCCAGAUGCACACGUUCCUGAAAUAAUGCCAUCAUCAGGUUUGCAUUCUGACUCAUCCGUGUUUCUGGAAGCACCAUCAGUAUUGCUAGCAGGAUCUGAAGUUGUGAUUACCUCAGCUGUUACAGGAGCUACCUCUCAGUUAGAGCCUUCGCCCUCCUCCUUCCAGCCCGUGGUUCCCACCCUGGUGCUGCCCGCUUCUGACACCGAGCCUGUUACCAGCAGCGUCCUGCUCGACGAGACGAGUCUGAUCUCUCUGUUUACUCCCUUUCUGACAACUCCUGUCUUAAACGUGUCUUCAUCUCUGCUCUCAACUGCUGCGGCUUCUGAUGAGGAUGCUGGUGCUACAGUUCACACCACGCUGCUUUUAACAUCCCACAGCGAGGGCAGCGCCCACCCCACAGCACUUGUGACUGCAGGCCCUGACAGCCUGAUGCCGCGUGUCGAUGCCAGCAGCGUCGCUCCUACACAGUCUCUGUCUGUGAUCACAUCGCUCAUUCCCACACCAUUUCCUCCAACUUCUCACCCUGCCACGGGGUACGACGUUCCGGCAGGAGCUGGCAGCACCAACACAUCAGCUGCUCCCGGCACCGUCCCCACAACCGCUGUAACUAGCACCCCGAGCAGCCGCGGCACGCCUGCUGUGGGCAGCAGCCCCGGCACCUUCUCCUCCCCUCCUCUGCCCACCAUCUUCUCCCCCCCUCCUCUGCCCGCCACCACCGCUCGGCCCAAAGCCACGGUCCUGACCUCUGCCACCAGCACCACCAGGCAGCCCUACGUCUGCGACAUCGCGGUCCCCGAUGCUUACCUCGUCACUGCCGUGCUGGCCCGAAGAGCUGUUCUACAAAAUGUCAGUGAAUCCAUCAGAGAAGUGCUCAGAGUUCAGUUCAGGCGAUCAGUAGAGCUAGAGGUUUAUAAAAUUUCCCCAAAAUAUGCUUUCUUGGUGACAUCAGGUCCUUUUGUUUACACGGCGAUAGCUGUCAUAAAUGUGCUUGCGAACAGCAGUCUUCUUCGUGGUGAGAGCCCCCUGAUCCUCUCGCUGCAUCCUUCUUUCGCCAUGCCUGAUAACAGGUUCCAGGUUCAGACAGUGCUUCAGUUUGUGCCUCGAAAUGUGGAUAUUGGGUUCUGUGACUUCAGCCAGCGCAUUGAAAAGGGGCUGACAAUGGCAUUCAUGGAGGUGAGCAAACAACACCAGGAGUUCUACAACUUCACUGUGCAGAUACUGAAUAUAACUCUAAGUAGGCCUGGUGCUGCAUUUCGUCAGGGCCCCGUGAGCAUCAUUUUUGCCAUCCGAGAUAGAUACGGUUUUCUAAAUGGGUCCGAAGUCAGUGAGCAGUUAAGAAACUUGUCCGUGGUGGAAUUCAGCUUCUAUCUGGGUUUUCCUGUGCAGCAAAUUGCUGAACCCUUUCAUUAUCCUAAGCUUAAUGUGUCUCAGCUAAUGAAAUCUUCCUGGGUGAGAACAGUUCUCUUGGGUGUCGUCGACCAGCGAAUUCAGGAGGAAGUGUUUCAGGCUGAGAUGGAGCGGAAGCUAGCUCACCUGUUAAACGAGGCUUUGGCCAGAGGGCGGAUAUGGAGACGAGCCAGUUUUGCAGGCAGCAACAUUGUGCAGAUUGUGAAUGUGUCACGGUUAGAUGGUGUUGAUAACCCUGUAGAGCUGAUCUACUUUGUGGAGGAUCAAGAUGGAGCGAGAUUCAGUGCUUUAAAGUGCUCUGACCUGAUGAACAGGGUUGAUAUCCAGCGGGCUGCAAUCAUCCUCGGAUACCGCAUUGAAGGCACCGUUGCACAGCCUGUGGAAAAGCUGAAGGAGUCAUCCUCAGAGUCACAGAAUAGCAACCUAUGGAUUAUUGUUGGAGUGGCAGUCCCAGUUGCUGUGGUGCUCCUGAUCGUUAUUAUUUUAUACUGGAAACUUUGUCGAACAGACAAACUGGAGUUUCAGCCAGACACGAUAAGCAACAUUCAGCAGCGACAGAAGCUACAAGCCCCAAGUGUGAAAGGCUUUGAUUUUGCUAAGCAGCAUCUGGGCCAGCACAAUAAAGAUGAUGUCCUGAUUAUCCAUGAGCCAGCUCCUUUACCAGGACCUAUUAAGGACACUACCCCAUCUGAAAAUGGAGAUGUGCCCAGCCCCAAGUCCAAGACUUCCUCAAAGCCUUCAAAGACUGUCCGACACAGAGGGAGAGUUUCACCAUCAGAUGCUGACUCCACAGCAAGUGAACAAUCCAGCGGGAGAGAGACAGGAGAGGAAACUGCAAGACCAUCAACUGCAAAUGAGGGUAAACCACGCAGAGGAGCAAAGAAGGGACCUCCUCAGACCAGCAGUGGAAAUGAGCAGCACUCCUCAGCCUCGAUCUUUGAACAUGUGGAUAGGAUGUCACGUUCCUCAGAUGCAAGCAGACGGGUCCCAAGCAAGAUCCAGCUGAUCGCUAUGCAGCCGAUGGCAGCACCUCCAAUUCAGAAUUCUGUGCUUUCUGAUCGAGUAGCAGAGACCAACAAAAUUAAUAAAGAGAUACAGACAGCCCUAAGGCAUAAAUCUGAGAUUGAGCAUCACCGCAAUAAGAUUCGUCUUCGCGCCAAGCGCAAAGGGCACUAUGAAUUUCCAGUGGUGGAUGAUGUGGUGGUGGUUGACUCCAAAGAACAACACAGAAUAUAUCGCAAGGCACAGAUGCAGAUUGACAAGAUCUUGGACCCUGGAGGCAGCGUGCCUACUGUCUUCAUAGAACCCAGGAAGAGCUCUCGUGCAAAACGUUCUCCCAAGCAGCGCCGGCGACAUCAGAUAAACGGUAGUCCCAUUGAUGCGGAAAAGGACAGGUUAAUCACAACUGAUAGUGAUGGGACAUACAAACGACCUCCAGGAGUCAAUAACUCUGCAUAUAUUUCUGAUCCAGAUUUGCCUCCUGAUCCUCAGACAUCAUCUUCAGCAGAUCUGGGGAAGUUCCCCGGCUUGCCUUCCCACCCAGUUUCCCAGUACGUCCCACCACAGCCAUCCAUAGAAGAGGCUCGGCAGACCAUGCACUCAUUGCUGGAUGACGCCUUUGCCCUGGUGGCUCCCAGCAGCCAAGCGGCCAAUUCCACAGCCGUCACACCACCUGGGGUCUCUGCAGGACAGCCGGUAAACAACACUCCUGCUCGAGCAGGGAGGGGAACCAGUUGCACCCAAUGGGGAUCACCUUAUGGUCCAACUCGGGCAGUAAACAUCCCAUUUAAUAGAUAUGUGGAAUUUGGAAUGACUCCGCCAGCAGCACCAGGUCUCCUACCAAGGCAGAACUUUGGUCCAGGUUUUCUUCAACCUGCGGAGCUGAUACACCCAGACCAGCAGCCACCUGAGGCUCAUUAUUCCUCCAGAGGAAUAUACUCAGAGGAAAUGCCGUCAGUGGCACGACCACGACCAGUUGGAAGCACUGCAGGUUCUCAGAUACAGCACCUCACUCAGGUGGGAAUUGCUAGCAGGAUCGGAGGUCAACAAGUGGAGAUCCCCUCAGGCAGAGCAGGGCAUGGCCAGCCGGGGGGGCCAGGGUGGCCCCAGUACCGUGGAGAGGAUGAAUAUGCUAGGCGAGAUGCAACGCAUAUGCAUGGACACCAAGAAUAUUCCUCCUCACCAGUAUUCCAGAUGCCGAGGACUUCAGCCAGGCAGCCUUCGGCACCCCCUGCUCAGCUUCCGCACAACAACCUUCAGGGCCAGGGCCUUUGCUACACCACCAGUUCCACUGAGGACCUCCAGCCAGGUCACUCUUCAGCCUCUCUUAUAAAAGCAAUUAGAGAAGAACUUCUACGACUUUCUCAGAAACAGACAACAGUGCAGAACUUCCAUAGUUGAUUUAGCAUUCCCUUGCAAAUCUGCCAGGUAUCUGCUUCCUAUGGAAGCAAAGACUUAAAGGAAAUCACCAAUGUUGUUCUCUCAAAAGAAUGGACUUUCACAGCUCUUCAAACAACCCUCUGGAAAAAAAAGAAAAGGCAGCAAAAUGAGAAGAGUGUAGGAGAGACAGGGGACAAACAGGGAAAAUCAUCAGUGUCAUCACAAGCAAUGUUAAUUAGUCUGCUGUUACUAUGGUGCUCCUCUUCUCUUCCUACCCUCACUCAGUCUAACAAAUAAAUAAAAACGUAGGUCAAGAAAUCAAUACUCCAGCAACAGAAAAAUCCCAGGAACAAACUGCAAGUGUAGUAACUCCUUUUUCUAAGGAAGAAGGCAAAGGUUUGCAUGAACUGAAAUGACAUUUUGCAUCAGAGUACAAGUAUUCUGAUCUCUCCAGUGCUUAUGGGGAACUGGUUUGUGUUGCUGUUCUUCAAGAUUACAAACUGUAUCAGCUCUAGGGUGUUGAAGGUGUAAUCCCACAUCAGAAUCCCUUUGAUUGUCAAUAACAAUAGGACUGUUUAGAAUAAAAGGCUUUAUGAGCUACUUGUAACAAACUGGAACAAUAAUUGUUAUAGCUCUAACCUUCCAAAUGGAGCUACCUUCUGCACUCUUCCUUGUUUUCCUUCUGGUGCUGAAGCUUCAAGUGUUCCUUCAUCUUCAAUGUUUGCGAAGUGAAACAUUGGCCUUGUAUAACUACAACAAUAUCCAUAGACUUAUUCAGGCUGGAAAAACAAAGCAAAGCAUCCAAACAGAAAGGGCUUGGUAUUUAAUUUGUUCUAAAAAUCAUUGAAAAAUACUCACCCGCAGUUAAAUUUGGGGAAAUGCGUGUAUAUAACUUUAAAGAUUAUAUAUUUGCAUACUAUAUGCUCUUGUAGGACCAGCGAUAAAUUAUUGCCACUCUGUAGUUUGCUUUGUGGACAGAAAUCAAUCCAGCCUGACUGGUACAGGGUCACCAGCAUUGUUUUAAAUUGAUGUCCUAAAUCAUUGCUUAUGUUUGGAUCUGAAUAAUUUUAGUGAAAGUCAGUGACAGUUUAGAGCAUUAACAUAGGCUUAGAGUUGCAGUUUGGAGACAGUUUCUAUAUUUAUACUUGUUCCCACUGUCCCUUUGGACAAAGGGUAAGCAUUAUCCCCAUGGUAAAAAAAUGGUACGUGCCAUGGAACUGUUUGUCGCUGUUUUUUCCAGAGUUUUAAUUUAAUAUUAGCUAUGAAUUUACUAAUAUUUGGCCAUUGCAUAACUGUAACUGACAUAAUACAUAUGAAGAUUUUACUUACGUCGUGAUUUGUUGGAGUGUUUUUAUUUUCAGAUCAGACUGUAUUAAGCUAACAAACUGGCACUGAGAUGGAGUUUGGAGCUCAGUGUUUGUGAGGCUUGGGAACCUUGCCCUAGAAAAAUGAAAAGCAAAACUACUUGGUGCUACAACAUGGGCAUUUCAAACACUGUAGAAGAUGGUUGUAGCCAAGGAGAUCAUCGGGCAGUUGACCAGGGUAGGCCUUAAUGGCGUAGAAAUAGCAUUGGUAAGAUACAGGUAUGUAAUGCUCUUUUAUUAUGGUGUUCUUUGGCUACCAAAUCAGUUCCUGGUUCCAGUGCACAGUUCAGUAGCUGCAACAAGACUAGCUCAGACUGAAAUGAAAACAGGUAGGAGGAUGCCAUGGAAGAACCCUAUGUACUUUGUUCGUGAACACAUACAUAACGUCAUUCGUUGCCAAAGCCAAGACUAGGAAGCAACUGGCUGCUCACUGACGUGAUAAAAACAAUGGUAUGUUGCUUCCUUUCUUUAUUAGGAAACUGAGAUAUUUUUCUGUUUACCUAUGAUUGUCAGAAGGCAGUAUGAAAUUGUUUGAGGAACUUAAUGUAGCAAAGCAGUCUAAAUUCAUUUCCAGUUCACUGGUCAAUACUUAGUCCUCAUGGGCACUGGUUGAGGUUUGGAUGGAGUCAGAACACCUGCAUGGUUGUGAACAGCACUAUUUACAGGUCAUUCUGUUUUGAAUUUUUUUAAGCCUUUUGUGUAAUAAUCAGUUCUAGUGUAAAAAUAAAUAAACAGUUGUUUUCUGCCAAA